UCCCCAAAAGUAGAGAACCAGGGACACACAGAGAGAAAGAGAGAUACUUAUAUCUCCCUUUCUCUCAUGAAUGAAAACAAGUAAAAAAGGGCCCAAAGCCCAACUGGCACUCAUUCAACUAGCUCUCAUUCUCUUCCUUUACCUCCCUAACUCUUCUCUUCUUCUCCAGAGAAACUACACUAGACACUAGACAGUAGACAUUAGACAUUGGACACUAGACACCAAUGCUGAGAAUGGGAAGAUGGGAAGAAGCUCAAGGAGAUAGCUCUGAGUGCACUAGUGGCUGCCAGUCUGGUUGGACAAUGUAUUUAGACCACUCCUUUGACAAACAACAUCAUCUUCCUUUCUUAAAACCUUCUUCUCAUCAUCUUCAAGAACAAGUACAAGCAGAGGAACAAGAAGAAGAGGUAGAAGAAGAAGAAGAGGAGGAGGAGGAGGAAGAGGACCUUUCUAUGGUCUCAGAUGCAUCUUCUGGUCCACCACAUCACCAUGGAGAAGAGGAGUGUCAUCACCAUUGUUACUUCUUCUCUGAUGGAAAGAGAAGGAGAGUUGAGGGAGAGAAACAGCAACAAGUAUCACAGAAACAAGACCUCUCUUCUUUUCUUGAUGAUACUGCUAGCUCUCCUCUUCUCACCUUCUCCAAGACUAGCUUCAAUAGCAGCAUGAGUUUGGAGUUCUCUUCUUGUUUUUCUGCUACUCAUUUCAAUAGGAAGAGUUCUCCAUUCAUUCAUUCAGAGAAAACUUCAGGAUGUGGUGGGAAAGAAGAAGGUGGGAAAAACAAAUGGUGCUAAAGAAAAAUGCAAAACAUCUCCAAAGAGAUCUCUUCUUGUUUUUCUUCCCAUUUUUUUCCUCUCAAGGAAAUAAAAAUUGUAUCUUUGUUUUUUUUUUCUCUUUCAUUUGCAUUGCACAUUGAAUAUGCAAAGUAGAAUAGUUGUCACUUUCAGCCUCUGCUUGUUUUGAGGACAUUCAAAAAACAGGUUGAAACUCAACUACCUCCAUUGAUGAUGAGCAUGCAAGCUCUGAAAUGCAGUAGUGAUUCAUGAAAGUCAGUGAGUGAGAGAGAGAGAGAGCAUUAAGAUUAGGAUCAUUAGCUCACAGUGGAAAAACAUCAGGGGUGAAAGUUUCCAGAAAUAGGGAUGCCAGCAAGGUUAGAUGGAAUAGAAAGAGAGGGAUAAAUGUGGAAACUUUGGAUACAUCAUGCACAUGGUAUUGUUUAUGCAAAGGGAGAAAGAGAGAGUGCAUGGCCUUAACCUUCCCAUUUGUUUUCAAUGAAGGGGAUCUUUGGGUUCUAGAAAAGACUUGUGUCUCUAUGUUUGAGGACAAGGUCCUUAGAUGCUGCCCUUUUAUUAGUGCAAACCAUUACUUGUUUUAAGUUUAUAU